AAUUCUAAUAAUUAAAACUGAAUUGAAAUGAUAUAGGCUUCAAAUCAGUCAUAUUUAAUUCACGAAUGCUAUAAUUUAAUGUUCAAUCUUUGCAUCAAUUCACCUAUAUUAUGCUGAACACGGAUCAUUAUUCUGUAUACUGAGACUUGAACAAAUAAGAAUAACGAUAGAGUUAAAUAAAGCGAAAGGAAUUUAAGGACGUAAAAUGUCUCCCAUGUUUAACUGAUUUGAAUUUGUUUAUAUUCCGAGAAUAUUAUUUGUAAUGUACAUCUUGCCUUUUAUUAUGGAUUGUUGGCUUGGCAAAGUAAAUUAUUAGAAUGAAUGAGAAGUCAAUCGAAGCGAAAGUCGUAGUUCUAGGAUUACAGGGUGUAGGAAAAACUAGUAUUAUAUUGAGAUAUGUUGGACAAGUUUUCAGUAGACAUGUUUCACCAACUAUAGGAGCAUCAUUCUUUACCUGUCGAAUGUCAGUAAAUGAUUGUCAUGUAACACUUCAGAUAUGGGAUACUGCUGGACAAGAACGUUUCCGAUCAAUGGCUCCUUUAUAUUAUAGAAAUGCAAAUGCUGCAUUUUUGGUUUUUGAUGUUACUAACUAUGAAAGCUUUACAAUUAUGAAAACUUGGGUUGAAGAACUUCAAAGAAAUGUUGAAGAGCCAGUAACUAUGUGUAUCUUAGGUAACAAAAUUGAUCUUGAGUUAAAGCGUGUUGUUGAUAAAAAAGAAGCUUCUCAAUAUGCUAUUUCAAUAGGUGCACUUUAUUUUGAAACCUCAGCAAUAACAUUUGAAGGUAUCGAAGACGCUUUUAUACACAUUGCUGAAGAAUUGGUUAAUAAUUAUGAAAAAUGUGAUUUCGUUGAAAAUUCAAGUUUCAGUUCCAAUUUGAGCCACAGAUCUAUUGGAUUGCAUAUUAAUUCUGUUUGUAAAAAGGAUAAUGAAAAAGAUGAAGAACAUUUAUUCUGCUGUUGAUCCUUUAUAUUUUUGAAAAUUGUGUAUCUAGUCUGUGAUAGUUUUAUUAAAUUCAAUAUAUAAUAUAUUAAUGCUAUUUAGUAAAUUUGCUUUUAUAAAUAGUCUGGAUCUUCCAGGUAAAGUCUUGCUUUUACCUGCCAUUAUCCAGACAGCUGAUGUCUUGGUUUGAUGUGCCAAAUAACUAUUUGAAUUAUAUUUUUAUAAGUGAAUGUUUAUAUAAAUAACCAAAAUUGGAUAAGACAAAUCAAUUGAAUCAGAACUAUAUAACUCAAGCAAUGUAAUUUAUUUCAAAUGUUUUCAACCAUAUUUAAAGGUUUAAACAGAUGCAGAGAACAGAAUAGGAUAUGUGUUCUCAGCAUCCCUUUAAACUUUUAAGUACAGUUGAAACAUUUGAAAUAAAUUACAUUGCUUCAGUUGUAUGGUUUUGAUUUAAGUGAGUUUAUAAAAGUUUUAUAACUUUUAAACUUUUCUUAUUUUUUUCCCAGAUUUUAAUUAUUAUUUUGUAUUUGAUAUCAUUUGUGUUUACUAUUCUGUGCCAUAAAAAAUAAUCACUGUAAAAUGUAAAAAUCAGUUUUCAUAUUGCACUCUGUUAUAAUGACACUUUUAUAAUAUUUAGAUAUUACUAUGUUAAAAACUAGAUGCAGUUUUUUUCAGUCUAGAUUACUUGGCCUUAGAUGGUAUGCAUUAUUCAAAAAUAAAAUUUCUUAAAAAUACAAUUAUUAUAAAUUAAAUUUAUUAAUAAUAAAUAUAACAAGUGUA